AUAUUUUUUAAACCUUAUUCUAUUCUUUUAUUUGUUACUAAACCCAAGACCCUGCAUUCACUAUAUCCGGUCUCCCCGGACCCUGCAUUCACUAUAUCUGGUCUCCCCGGACCCUGCAUUCACUAUAUAUCUGGUCUCCCCAGACCCUGCAUUCACUAUAUCCGGUCUCCUCGGACCCUGCAUUCACUAUAUCCGGUCUCCCCGGACCCUGCAUUCACUAUAUCUGGUCUCCCCAGACCCUGCAUUCACUAUAUCUGGUCUCCCCAGACCCUGCAUUCACUAUAUCUGGUCUCCCCGGACCCUGCAUUCACUAUAUCUGGUCUCCCCGGACCCUGCAUUCACUAUAUCUGGUCUCCCCGGACCCUGCAUUCACUAUAUCUGGUCUCCCCAGACCCUGCAUUCACUAUAUCUGGUCUCCCCGGACCCUGCAUUCACUAUAUCUGGUCUCCCCGGACCCUGCAUUCACUAUAUCUGGUCUCC